UUAGCCAUAUUCGUGUAUCUGCCAGUGUUGCCUACUUGCCUCAUUGCUUUCGUACGUCCAUUGCAUUGCUAUCUGUAUAUUGCUGUACAAUGGAUGCCAGACUUCGUCGUGUAAACAAGGAGAUUCUUGACUGUAAGAAUGACAGAGCGUCGAACAUUCAGGUGGACCUCAUCGAUAACUCGCCUUUCCACUUGAAGGGAUCAUUUAACGGUCCAGAGGGUACACCAUACGAGGGUGGUCAUUUCGAAGUGGAUAUCGUGAUCCCAGAUUCAUAUCCAUUUCAGCCAGUGAAGAUGAAAUUCAUCACCAAAGUUUACCACCCCAAUAUCAGCAGUGCAUCAGGAGCGAUCUGUCUGGAUAUCCUGAAGGACGCUUGGUCACCUGUACUCACCCUCAAAUCUACCCUCAUAUCGCUCCAAUCACUAUUAUGCUCACCAGAACCAAAUGAUCCUCAAGAUGCUGAGGUGGCGAAACACUACAUGACGAGUCGAAGCAGUUUUGAGGAGACUGCACGAUAUUGGACGAUGAUAUAUGCUGGCGGACCAGGGAAGGAGGGUUUGAAGUCUGGUGCGAAGUCUGGGUCGAAAGACGAAGUUGCAAUGGCAGGGCUAGAAAAAGCACAUGUAGACCAGUUUGAGGCUCUUGGCUUCGAUCGAAGUAAAGUGAUCGACGUGUUGAGAAGAAUGAAUUAUCGUGGCGCGAAUGUAGCCAAGAUCAACGACGAUCGAGUCGUCGAAGAACUACUCAAAUGAUUGUAUCUAUACUCAGCUCUUGCCUGUUUAUACACCCACUUUUACCCUGCCCGUGUGAGAAGGCCUUUAUUCCGGUGCGACCGGUCUCUUCGAACAGAGCUCACUCCUUCCGAUGUUAUCCAAGGGCAUGUGACUUCCAGCGACCCUUUAUUUGCCCCGUGUAGGCCGGAACUAGGGAACUGUCGCAGCGCGCGUGCCUAGUGCAUUUGCUUUUCUAUGGGGCUCUUUGGACAGGUCUUGGGGCUUUUGACUCUGGAAUAAUUAACACCACAGCUGGAAUCCAGGGUUGCGGUUUGGUAAGCUGGGAUGCAACCUAAAGGCCUACUGAUCAAAUUGGCUUUGGGAUAUUCGUAUCCCUUUACAUGUCGUAUUCGUCCUGUCGAAAUUGACCUACUGUAACACAACUCGUAAAUAUUCCUAUCCAAUGUCCUGCCAUUUUCUCGGAAGUCG